AUGAAACUGAUCUUCUGUUUGAGUGUCCUUGUUGGGACGCUAUUCUCCGCCCACUCGUCUGUGCAGAAAGAAGACCACGCUCCCUACUUGGUGUACCUCAAGUCUCACUUCAACCCAUGCGUGGGCGUCCUCAUCAAAACCAACUGGGUGCUGGCCCCGGCUCACUGCUACUUACCUGAAAACCUGAAAGUGAUGCUGGGAAAUUUCAGGAUCAGAAUCAGAGAUGGGACAGAGCAGACUCUUAAUCCCGUCAACAUUGUCCGCUACUGGAACUACAGUCACAGCUACCCCCAGGAUGACCUCAUGCUCGUUAAGCUGGCUAAGCCAGCCAACCUCAGCCACAAGGUCCAGCCCCUCGACCUCGCCACCAGCAACGUCCGGCCGGGCACCGUCUGUCUGCUUUCAGGUUUGGACUGGAGCAAAGACAACAAUGGGCUUCACGAAGUGGCCGUUGCUACUGUCAUCUGCAAAAACAAGCUCCAGGGGAUCGAGGUUGGACAUUUCAUGGGAGGGGAUGUCGGCAUCUAUACCAACGUUCACCAAUACGUAUCCUGGAUUGAGAACGUCACUAAAGACAAAUGA